CUCUGAGCACAGGUAACUCCUUCCCUACAAUGGGUUAAUGUUCAGAGUUUUCUUAUUUGUCGGAAGCUUGUAGCACAGCUAUUUGGAUUGAGGAAGAAGUCUUAAGAAGCAUUUUACAGAUGACACACAGGAUAAGGAGAGGGCUUUGUAUCGGAGAGGGGAGCUUUUAAACCUGGAACAUGACCCCUAGAAAUGGCUGCAUUCUCUACGGGAUAACACUAAUAUUUCUCAUAAUUUCGGGCAUUUUGCCCACAUUUGGACAGAAUACAAGCCCAGGGUCUGGGUCUACUCUAUAUGGACCCCUCAUCACUGCUCCCACUGGAACUGAUAAUACAGGAAGCUCUAUCACUACAUCAAAUAAUGAGUAUACUAUCUGUAUAGAAGUAAAAGCCACCUCUGAAUCUGUUAGUACUACGAGACGUGUCACAUUAACUCAACCUGGAACCGGAACAGAUCUUAAUACAAGUACAGGAACCAGCAAUAUUACUGUAUCAUACAGCUCAACUAAUACCACUGGUGGAAUAGGAACAAAGAGCCCAACUGCCACCGCUAUCAGUGUUGGAACUAUAGCAGGAGAUCAGUCCAGCACUCUUACUGAAUCACAUAGCCCAACCACCACCAGUGCCACUACUGGACCUGGUACUGAAACCAGUUCUAUUGCUGACUCACAUAGCCUAACUGCCACAUAUGACACUGCUGGAUCUGGUACUGCAACUGAAACCAGUAAUAGUACUUUUUCACAGAGCCAAACAACCACCGGAACCACAUCUGUAGCUGGUGCUACAGCUGAGACCAGUACUACUACUGAGUCACAUAGCCCAAAUGUCACAAUUACCACUGCUAAAACCAAUUCAGGAUCAGAAACCAGUGCAGUUACUGAGUCCCGGAGCCCAACUACAACUAGUAUUACUGCUGGACCUAAUACAACAGCUGAAACCAAUACUGUUACUGAAUCACCUAGCCUAACCACCACUGGCACCACUGCUGAACCCGGCACUACAAGUGAAACAAGUAAUACCGGUGUUACUGAGUUACAAAGCCAUACCACCACCAGUAAUAUUGCUGUAACACAUGCAGGAUCAGAAACCAGUGCUGUUACUGAGUUCCAGAGCCCAACUACAGCUAGUAUCACUGGUGGACUUAAUACAACAGCUGAAACCAAUACUAGUACUGAAUCACCUAGCCUAACCACCAUUGGCACCACUGCUGGACCCGGCACUACAGUUGAAACCAUUACUAAUACGGAGUUAUAUAGCCCGACCUCCAACAAUACCACAUCUGGACCUGAUACUACAACUGAAACCAGUACUACUACUGAGUUACAUAGCCCAAUUGUCACAAUUACCACUGCUGGAUCUGGUAGUACAGCUGAAACCAGUAAUAUUACUGAGUUAAAAAACGAUACCACCAAUGCUGAAACUAAUGCAGGUUCAGAAACCAGUGCUGUUACUGAACCUCAGAGCCCAACUACAACUAGUAUUACUGCUGGACCUAAAACAACAGCUGUAGCCAAUACUAUUACUGAAUUACCUAGCAUAACCACAAUUGGCGCCACUGCUGGACCCGUCACUACAGCUGAAACCAUUACUAAUACUGAGUAUUAUAGUCCAACCACCACUAUCAGUACCACUGCUGGACCCAGCGCUAUAGCUGAAACCAGUACUAAUACUGAGUUAUAUAGCCCGACCUCCAAUAAUACUACAUCUGUAGCUGGUAUUACAGCUAAAAUCAUUACUACUACUGAGUUACAAAGCCCAGUUGCCACUAUUACCACUGCUGGACCCGGCACUACAGUUGAAACUAUUGCUAAUACUGAGUUAGAUAGCCUGACCUCCAACAGUACCACAUCUGUAGCUGGUACUACAGCUAAAAUCAGCACUACUACUGAGUUACAAAGCCCAAUUGCCACAAGCACCACAUCUGGUUAUAGAGCUGAAACCAGUAAUAUUGCUGAGUUACAAAGCCAUACCACCACCAGUAGUAUUGCAGAAACUAAUACAGGAUCAGAAACCAGUGCUGUCACCGAGUCCCAGAGCCCAACUACAACUAGUGUUACUGCUGGACCAAACACAACAGCUGAAACCAAUACUGUUACUGAAUCACCUAGCCUAACCACCACUGGCACCACUGCUGAACCCGGCACUACAAGUGAAACAAGUAAUACCGGUGUUACUGAGUUACAAAGCCAUACCACCACCAGUAAUAUUGCUGUAACACAUGCAGGAUCAGAAACCAGUGCUGUUACUGAGUUCCAGAGCCCAACUACAGCUAGUAUCACUGGUGGACUUAAUACAACAGCUGAAACCAAUACUAGUACUGAAUCACCUAGCCUAACCACCAUUGGCACCACUGCUGGACCCGGCACUACAGUUGAAACCAUUACUAAUACGGAGUUAUAUAGCCCGACCUCCAACAAUACCACAUCUGGACCUGAUACUACAACUGAAACCAGUACUACUACUGAGUUACAUAGCCCAAUUGUCACAAUUACCACUGCUGGAUCUGGUAGUACAGCUGAAACCAGUAAUAUUACUGAGUUAAAAAACGAUACCACCAAUGCUGAAACUAAUGCAGGUUCAGAAACCAGUGCUGUUACUGAACCUCAGAGCCCAACUACAACUAGUAUUACUGCUGGACCUAAAACAACAGCUGUAGCCAAUACUAUUACUGAAUUACCUAGCAUAACCACAAUUGGCGCCACUGCUGGACCCGUCACUACAGCUGAAACCAUUACUAAUACUGAGUAUUAUAGUCCAACCACCACUAUCAGUACCACUGCUGGACCCAGCGCUAUAGCUGAAACCAGUACUAAUACUGAGUUAUAUAGCCCGACCUCCAAUAAUACUACAUCUGUAGCUGGUAUUACAGCUAAAAUCAUUACUACUACUGAGUUACAAAGCCCAGUUGCCACUAUUACCACUGCUGGACCCGGCACUACAGUUGAAACUAUUGCUAAUACUGAGUUAGAUAGCCUGACCUCCAACAGUACCACAUCUGUAGCUGGUACUACAGCUAAAAUCAGCACUACUACUGAGUUACAAAGCCCAAUUGCCACAAGCACCACAUCUGGUUAUAGAGCUGAAACCAGUAAUAUUGCUGAGUUACAAAGCCAUACCACCACCAGUAGUAUUGCAGAAACUAAUACAGGAUCAGAAACCAGUGCUGUCACCGAGUCCCAGAGCCCAACUACAACUAGUGUUACUGCUGGACCAAACACAACAGCUGAAACCAAUACUGUUACUGAAUCACCUAGCCUAACCACCACUGGCACCACUGCUGAACCCGGCACUACAAGUGAAACAAGUAAUACCGGUGUUACUGAGUUACAAAGCCAUACCACCACCAGUAAUAUUGCUGUAACACAUGCAGGAUCAGAAACCAGUGCUGUUACUGAGUUCCAGAGCCCAACUACAGCUAGUAUCACUGGUGGACUUAAUACAACAGCUGAAACCAAUACUAGUACUGAAUCACCUAGCCUAACCACCAUUGGCACCACUGCUGGACCCGGCACUACAGUUGAAACCAUUACUAAUACGGAGUUAUAUAGCCCGACCUCCAACAAUACCACAUCUGGACCUGAUACUACAACUGAAACCAGUACUACUACUGAGUUACAUAGCCCAAUUGUCACAAUUACCACUGCUGGAUCUGGUAGUACAGCUGAAACCAGUAAUAUUACUGAGUUAAAAAACGAUACCACCAAUGCUGAAACUAAUGCAGGUUCAGAAACCAGUGCUGUUACUGAACCUCAGAGCCCAACUACAACUAGUAUUACUGCUGGACCUAAAACAACAGCUGUAGCCAAUACUAUUACUGAAUUACCUAGCAUAACCACAAUUGGCGCCACUGCUGGACCCGUCACUACAGCUGAAACCAUUACUAAUACUGAGUAUUAUAGUCCAACCACCACUAUCAGUACCACUGCUGGACCCAGCGCUAUAGCUGAAACCAGUACUAAUACUGAGUUAUAUAGCCCGACCUCCAAUAAUACUACAUCUGUAGCUGGUAUUACAGCUAAAAUCAUUACUACUACUGAGUUACAAAGCCCAGUUGCCACUAUUACCACUGCUGGACCCGGCACUACAGUUGAAACUAUUGCUAAUACUGAGUUAGAUAGCCUGACCUCCAACAGUACCACAUCUGUAGCUGGUACUACAGCUAAAAUCAGCACUACUACUGAGUUACAAAGCCCAAUUGCCACAAGCACCACAUCUGGUUAUAGAGCUGAAACCAGUAAUAUUGCUGAGUUACAAAGCCAUACCACCACCAGUAGUAUUGCAGAAACUAAUACAGGAUCAGAAACCAGUGCUGUCACCGAGUCCCAGAGCCCAACUACAACUAGUGUUACUGCUGGACCAAACACAACAGCUGAAACCAAUACUGUUACUGAAUCACCUAGCCUAACCACCACUGGCACCACUGCUGAACCCGGCACUACAAGUGAAACAAGUAAUACCGGUGUUACUGAGUUACAAAGCCAUACCACCACCAGUAAUAUUGCUGUAACACAUGCAGGAUCAGAAACCAGUGCUGUUACUGAGUUCCAGAGCCCAACUACAGCUAGUAUCACUGGUGGACUUAAUACAACAGCUGAAACCAAUACUAGUACUGAAUCACCUAGCCUAACCACCAUUGGCACCACUGCUGGACCUGGCACUAUAGCUGAGACUAUAACUGCUACAACCACCACUAUCAGUACCACUGCUGGACCCAGCGCUACAGCUGAAACCAGUAAUAUUACUGAGUCACAUAACCCAAUCACUACCAGCACUACUGCUGAACCGAAUACAUUAUCAGAAUCCAGUGCUCUUACUCAGUCACAGAGCAUAAAGGUCACCACUAUCACUACUGGACCGAAUACAAGAACUGAAGUUACUACUGAAUUACAUAGCCCAAAUACAACAAGUACCACUGUUGGACCUGGUACAAGAACUGAAAUCAGCACUCUUACUGAGUCACCUAUGUCAAAUACCACCAGUACUACUACUGGACUUAAUACAAGAACCGAAGGCAGUACUGUUACUGAGUCACAUACACCAACCGACACCACUACUGAACCUAGCACAAGAUAUGCAACCAGUACCGUUAGUGCGACAUAUACCCCAAAUGAUGUCAAAACUAGUUCUAUUACUUACUCACGUAGCCCAACUGAUCCCAACACUGUUAUUAUAUGUUAUACUGCAACAAACGCCAAUUCUGCCCCGAGCACUUUGGUAGCUAUCACUGCGAGUAAUAUCACUAUAAGUGUGCCAGGAGCAGCUACAAGUAAUAUCGCUAUCAGUGUGCCAGGAGCAGAUACAAGUAACAUCACUAGUAGUGUGCCAGAAGCAGAUACAAGUAAUAUCACUAUCAGUGUGCCAGAUAACAGUUCCAGUCAGUCUACAACAUAUCAAGUUACCAACAGCACGUCUGUGCCUAAUAGCACUUUUAUAUCUACAACUCCUUCAACAUUUGAUUUCACCACAGCAAGCCUUGUACUGAGAUUCAGGGUGCAAAGUUCCCAAGAACUUGGAAUUGCAAUGUCUGAGCUUAUGCUACAGAUGUGUGCGAUUUCUCGACUUAACUUUGCAGGGUCCAUCCUGCUUUACUGGAGACAGGAAGGCGCAUAUCUAGACUGUCAGAAUAACUAUUUCUGA